UUGUGGUCAGUCUUGCUUAUUCAAUGCUCUGAUAUGUAAAAUUCUAUGUUCAUGAUUAUGAACUCAAAUUUGUAUGCAAGGCAGCUCUCACUUGUCAGAGGCAACAAACAUUUACAAGGGAAAGAAAGACCGAAAUUCAUAGAAAGGCUUAUAAUGCUGCUCCUAAAAGAAGGUAUGUACAAUCAAGGACGCUAAUUUUCUGCAGCAGUGUUUAUAUUUAAAUGUUAAUUGACGAGACAAAACUACAGCAGGAUACGACGCGUCUGGCUGUGAUUGUGGGACUUGUAGUUUUUUAGACACUCUUGCGUCAGCGGAAGUGUUUUGAACGUUCGUGAGCUAGGUCACAUUGGCUCUGUUUUGUAAUGUUAUGAGAAGCUUCACUGCAAUGGAGGCAACAAACACAGAUGAGAUCCAAUUGAGGCAUGUGGAGAAAGACGUUCUGAUCCCUAAGUUGAUGAGGGAGAAAGCCAGGGAACGCUGCGUGGAAAAGGUUGAAGCUUUCAACUCCUGCUGUAAGGAAUCUGGAUUCUUCAUGGUGUUUAAGUGUCGCGAGGAGAAUUCAGCCCUUAAGGAAUGUCUGACGGUGCACUACCAGGAUCCCGCCUUUUUCGAGGAGUGUAAGAAACAGUACAUUCAAGAGAAAAUGGAGUUUGAGCGGACAGGGGUUCCAUCCAAGAACAGGAAAACGAAACUUCCAGUCAGCAUGUGAUAAGUGAUCUGAACACCUAAUGGCUUUUCGGGUGUGCAGACCUGGACUCCAGCUCACCCCCCACACAUGUCACCAUAUGAAAAGUUACUACUACAAGCUUAUGUGUUUUAUUUAAAUCAGUGGAACAACCAUCUAUGUUUAGAUGCAUGAGAGUGAUUAAUAAGCAGAAGAUGGCCUUCUUAAUGUUAAUGUUCAGUCAAGGAGCGUAUUGACACGUCAUGCUAUUUUAGAAUGGUCGUUUUUCAGCUUCGUAGUCAUAGCAGGACUGUGUCAUCAGCAUCCUCAGAGGAAGGUGCCACUUUCUUUACUGCUGAUUUAAGUUGAGGGACGACUUUCCCAGGUGGUUGUUGUGCCUGCUCUAACAGAAAAAGCUAUAAUGAGGGGUUGGCUCUUUUUUUUUUUGCUGAAGAAGUCCAGCCAAGCAAUACGUGUUUCGAUCAACUAUUAACUUGAGAAAGAUUUAAAAACAUUGGAGGCAUCUGGUUUAGCCCAGAAAGAAACUCUGUGUUGUUGUGUGACUUUGUAAAUAAGGCAUAUUCAAAAUCGGAGAAUAAAAACCACAAAAUUGUGAUCAUCGAUGUUUUAUUCAAGAUAAAUGUUUAAUACCUCACUGGUCAGAUGGUGAAGUGCUUUAUAGAGAUGGUUGUAUUUCCACAUCGAGUUUAAGCUGCAUGCAGCGUGAUUAAACUGAAUUCUUUUACCAUUCAGUGCAGACAGAAAUUCAAAAAAC